GAAGGGGAGCAGGAGUUUUGGGUUUUCCAUGCAUCUGCAGGUCUGCUGCAACUCGGAGCAAGAAGUCUGGGACACACAAGGAAGAAGCAGCGACGAGAAGGAGAAAGUUCUUUUCUCCAAGCAGCUGUGAGCAGCAGUAAUGUUGCCGGUGAUCCUUACAGUUUACCUCAACGACACCCAACAGAUGCUGACUGAGGUCCCGGUUACACCUGCAACCAGAGUUUUAGAUGUGGUGGAAUACUGCAAAGAGGCAGGCGAGGGGGAGUGUCACUUAGCUGAAAAAUGGAAUGGUCAUGAGCGAGUUCUCCCUCAGCAGUUGCUACUCCUGGACCUCCUUCAGCAGUGGGGUGCAAGGAGGCCAGAGGUCAGUUUCUACCUGCGACACUGUCCCUCCUUGCCACAAGGGAGUCAGCGGGCUUUGGACACAACUUGGACAGCAGAAGCAACAGAGAGCACUAACAACAGUGUUCCCCGUGUGGAGCUAACCCUCUCUGAGCUCCAGGAAAUGGCUACAAGACAACAGCAACAAAUAGAUGCUCAACAACAGAUGUUGGUUGCCAAGGAGCAAAGGCUGAGGUAUCUUCACCAGGGAGGCAGAUCCAAUCAGGGACAGACACAGUCUGAAUCUGAGAAGUUGCAGCGGCUGAAGGAGCGAGUGGAGACUCAGGAGACAAAGCUGAAGAAGAUUCGAGCCAUGAGAGGACAGGUGGACUACAGUAAACUGAUCAAUGGGAACCUCUCUGCAGAGAUUGACCAUGUUAGCAGCCUGUUUCAGGAGAAGCAGGCUGAGCUGCAGUCUGCUGUGACCCGAGUCGACCAGCUGACACAACAGCUGGAAGAUCUAAGGAAAGGACGCCUUCAGCUACAUUCUGUUGCAUCACAGCAGGGGGCACCCAACAGACCCCAGGGUGCACCCACUGGAAUGAAAGCAUCUCCACUCUCUGGUCCUGCUGCCUUAGAACUCAGGAAACUCUACCAAGAGCUGCAGGCUCGCAAUCGUCACAACCUGGAACAGAGUAGCAAGUUAGCACACAACAAGGAGCUGCUGAACAAGAGGAAUGCUCAGGUGACAGUGAUGGAUCAACGUAUUGGAGACCUUAGGGAGCGACUGCACAAGAAGAGAGCAGAAUUGAGCCGCAUGAAUGGAGGAGGCCCGUCUUCUCCUCAGAGCUCUACUCGUCCAAAUGGUGGCGUCUCAGGCCGAGUGGCAGCCGUCUGCCCCUACAUCCAAGCUCCAGCUGAAGGGGGACAGGAAGCAGGGUACAACAUGUCACCUGACACAUCCCCCAAACCCUCACAAAUCAGUCACAUCCGCUCCUUAUCAGACGAGGACAAGAGUGGCAUCAGGAAGCCUCCCAGCCAAUGGAAAGUGUCAGAUUUAGACAUCAUCCUUUCAGAGCCAAAUGUCUUAUGUGAGGGCCCUCAGUCUCGUCAGGGGGAAAAGAGUAACAACACCAGUGAAGCACCCUGGUCUACCAUUGGUAGAAAUGUGUCAAAUUUGAAGACCAACGAUCCAGAACAGCAUCUUCCUUCUGGUUAUGGCACCUACCCCAGCACCACACACCAAGCAGCAGGGCAUCACUGCUCCACCAGCUCCCUGCCUCGAUCUGCUCCUGGCACAUUGGGCUGGCUCAGAUCUAGCACUGCAAAUGCCACCUCGUCUUGUUCGACAUCCUCCUCCUCCUCUUCACAGCAAAUUCAACAGCGCAUUGCUGUCCCUCCAAAUUCAAACCAAAGCUCAGACAAUGGCUCCCAGUCUUCGUCCUUGCCACCGCAGAGUGAACGAGCAGAUCCCCCUCCAGCAGUGGCUGUACGUCCUUAUGUUCCUGAUCAUCCAUCCAGGCCCCAGUCUCCUAGAAAGGGGCCUGCUACAAUGAACAGCAGCUCCAUCUACAGCAUGUAUCUCCAGCAGCCUCAAGCUAAGAACUAUGGCUCACUCAGCAACAGGACUACUGUUAAAGCAGUCUAUGGGAAACCCAUUCUGCCCACCUCCUCCACAUCUCCAUCCCCUCUACCUUUUCUCCACGGAGAAGGAAUAAGGAUAGGAGAAGACCUGACAGACAAGGAAGGACUAAAAGGUGUUGGGGGAGGAGAGACCAACGAUGGGCAAAUCUUACCUACUUCGAGCGUGGAAAACAUCCCUCGUCCUCUGAGCCCUACUAAGCUCACUCCAGUUGCUCACUCUCAACUACGCUACCAAAACGAUGCUGACCUGGAAGUCCUCCGCCGUCGUCUCAGCAAUGCCCCACGACCCCUGAAGAAGCGGAGUUCGAUUACUGAACCUGAGGGCCCACAGGGGCCAAACAUUCAAAAAUUACUAUACCAGAGGUUUAACACUUUAGCUGGCGGCAUGGAAGGAGUGUCAGGCAAUACUUUCUACCAGCCUGAAUGCCUUUUGGGUGACAUGGACAACAUACAUUCAGCCGAGGGGAAUGUUGAACCUGGUGACAAGCAUGCCAGCUUGGCAACAGAGGAUGUGGAAGUUCAAAACUUAAACUUGGACUGCCUCCGCUUGUCACCUGCCGCUCCCACUGAGACGCCCACAACAGAAGAAAUGGCCAAGAAUGGGUCUCCAUCCCCACAAACCAACCUUCCCUCAACACCUGACGGGUCCGAACAUCAGAAUAAUAACAAUCAAAGCAGUUGUAGUUCGGCCGAGAGCAUGACAAUUCAGGCCUCCCCUUCACCAUCACCACCUGCCCCACCUUCAAAGCCAAAGGUUAAGCGAACCAACUUGAAAAAGCCAACAUCAGAGCGGACAGGCCAUGGGCUACGAGUCAAGUUUAACCCUCUUGCUCUGCUGCUUGAUGCGUCAUUAGAGGGAGAGUUUGAUCUGGUGCAGAGAAUUAUAUAUGAGGUGGAAAAUCCCAGUAUGCCAAAUGAUGAAGGCAUUACUCCACUUCACAAUGCUGUCUGUGCUGGCCACCACCACAUUGUGAAGUUUCUGUUGGACUUCGGAGUGAAUGUCAAUGCAGCAGACAGUGAUGGAUGGACCCCACUGCACUGUGCCGCUUCAUGUAACAGUGUCCACCUCUGUAAGAUGCUGGUAGAAUCAGGGGCAGCCAUUUUUGCCCAAACAAUCAGUGAUGUUGAAACAGCAGCAGACAAAUGUGAAGAAAUGGAAGAAGGUUACAGUCAGUGUUCUCAGUUCCUCUAUGGUGUGCAGGAGAAAUUGGGCGUGAUGAACAAAGGUUUGGUCUAUGCGCUCUGGGACUACACAGCCCAGCAAUCUGAUGAGCUUUCCUUCAGCGAGGGGGAUGCGCUCACCAUCCUGCGACGCCGUGACGACACCGAGAUAGAGUGGUGGUGGGCUCGACUCAAUGAUCGGGAGGGAUAUGUUCCCGGGAACUUGCUGGGGCUGUAUCCAAGGAUCAAACCCAGACAACGCUCACUGGCCUAGCCCACACCAGCAGUAUCGGGCAUAAUCAUAGGCAGGCAGAAAAGGAGAGAAGCAGCGUACGGUGGAUGGAAUGUGACGUGAAGCCGGAUGCUCAAUGAAAGAAGAGGGAAGGAACUUACUAUUCAAACAAAUAUAAUUUCAAAUGCAACACUCCCGCAAUUCUAACCACUUAGCAUAUGGAAUAAUUGUCCACAAAAUGAGCAAAAAAUAAAUGAAAAGGGUUCAGCGACAUGAGCGUUUCAGUUUAGAUGAGAAAACGUUCCACAUCUGUUCCUCAACACCGCAUGGUCUUAAAAUUAUUGGAUGCUGUUUCUUCGUAGAGAGUCAAUAUUUUGUCAUUUUAAAUCGACUUUAUUUUUGUAUGGUUUUAAUCUGCUCAGAAAUAUAAACAUCCAGGUGGCUUCUCUCAUUAUAAUCUCAUAACAGUAUGUUAUUGUAUGGUAUGUAACCUUUAAAUUUACAUGUAAUGGCAAAUGUACGACGGAAAGUUGGCAUGGACAAGCAAGCUGUGGAUGUGAUGAGUGCGAAUGUGAAGGGAGGGAGAAUACAAAUACAGUUUUUGAUCGGCUUCGUGAAAGUGACACAUUGUUGGUUCUGAAGUUGUCGAUGGCGUGGAAAAAAAAAAAAAAAAGUCUUCUCACUCAAGCAUGCACUGACGAAACACCGGCUUUGAAGUUUAUAUUAAAUAAAACUAGGUAAACCUUUGGCACGGUGGACAACUGCUUAGCACAUCUGCCACACAGUUCUGUGAACCCGGGUUCAAAUCCGGCCUUGCGUGUGUGGCGUUUGCAUGUUCUCCCCGUGCCUUGCGUGGGUUUUCUCCGCGUGCUCCGGAUCCCUUCCAGAUCCCACAAACAUGCAUGGUAGGUUAAUUGAAGACUCUAAAUUGCCCGUAGGUAUGAAUGUGAGAUGCGAAUGGUUGUUUGUCUAUAUGUGCCCUGCGAUAGGUGGGCGAUCAGUUCAGGGUGUACCCGGCCUCUCGUCCAGAGUUAGCUGUGAGGAGAAAGGGUACAGAAAAUGGAUGGAAUGGAUAGACAAAACUUUUUUUCUCAUUUUUAUGACGGAUUGUCGAAUACAUUUGAAUAAAUCACCCAUCCUACCCUGUCCAGUAUCAUGAAAUGCUCUAAUGCAGACUAUUGCAAUUUCAGUGAGCUCUGGACAUUCUAUCAUUUGGAACAGGAGUGAGGAACUCUCUGACUGAAUUCAUUUUAUGGCCAAAAUUGAGCUGACUUACUAAGCGCCACUGAGAAGUCAGAAAGGAAUCAACCACUAAAACAAAUUUGCUAGUACUUCUACAUAACCGUGUGCGUACGUAUAUAUAUAUAUAUAUGUGUGUGUGUGUGUGUGUGUGUAUAUACACACAGUGGGUACGGAAGAUAUUCAGACCCACUUAAAUGUUUCACUCUUUUUUAUAUUGCAGCCAUUUGCUAAAAUCAUUUAAGUUCAUUUUCCCCCCCCACAUUAAUGUACACACAGCACCCCAUAUUGACAGGGGAAAAAAACAGAGUUGUUGAUUUUUUUUUUGCAGAUUUAUUACAAAAGAAAAACUGAAAUAUCACACAGCCAUAAGUAUUCAGACCCUUUGCUCAGUAUUUCGUAGAAGCACCCUUUUGAGCUAAUACAGCCAUGAGUCUUUUUGGGAAUGAUGCAACAUGUGUUUCACACCUGAAUUUGCCAUUCCUCCUUGCAGAUCUGUCAGGUUCAAGACACCUAAAACACUUAACCUUAGUGGUUUCCCAUUUCCCAUUUACACUCUCAUUCAAACAGUUUUCAUUCACACUGGCUCGUCAGAGGACUCCGCCGUCCUGUACGGAAUUUAACUACGUCUGUCAACAGCUCGUUAGAGGACUCCGCCGUCCUAUUCGGAAUUUAACUACGACGCCACGAAACUUUCCUAGUUUCUUUAUUUGACCCGCCAUUGACUAGUAUUCACAGGGUUUUUCAGGUUUCGCAAACCUUUUCCUUAUUCAUUCAUACAUUUUGAAAUGAAAACUCAACUCACCCCUGUCUGUCUUCUCAGAGUACCGUCAACCUUCGGAUUCCAGCUGGCGGGCCGAUUUCAGUCCCGGAAAGGGUCUUUUGGACUCACUUUAAAUGGAGUCCGCCACGGCCAUGGUCUUUAUACUGCAAUCCACCCGCCCGCUGGAUUCGUCGGGUAUGUUGGUAUCCGGCUCGAAGGACCAAGUAAAUGGCAGGUUCAAGACACCUAAAACACUGAGUUUUGAGUUCUGAGUUCACUCUGCCGGAUUCUCUCUUUUUAUUACUUUAGGGCAGUUCCCUUGUUACAUAUGAGUUACAACGUCAAAAAGGUGGGGGCAUACAUGCUUGUUGAUCAGCACAUAACACUCUUUGUUGUGGUUGAGACAGUAGAAGAAUUAUAUACUUCUUAUCAAGACACAGAAAGACUCCUCUCAAAUUUGUCCUUGCACAUGCAAGCACAUGACUCAUCCUGUGGGAGAAAACGUUGCACGCAGUGAUAAAACAUUUCUCUAACUAGAAGUAAGCAGAAAAGCACAACACAUGAUAACUUAUUUACAUUAUUCCAUCAAGAUCCUCUCCAGUUCUGACAGGUUGGAUGGUGAAAAUUGGUGGAUAGCCAUUUUCAGGUCUCUCCUGGAAAUGCUCAAUCGGGUUUAAGUCAAGGCUAUUCAAGAACAGUCACAGAGUUGUUCUCAAGCCACUCCUUCGUUAUUUUAGCUGUGUGCUUAGCGUCAUUGCCUUGUUGGAAGGUGAACCUUUGGCCCAGUCUGAGGUCCUGAGUAUUCUGGAGAAGGUUUUCGUCCAGGAUAUCCCUGUCCUUGGCUGCAUUCAUCUUUUCUUCCAUUGCAACCAGUCGUCCUGUCCCUGCAGCUGAAAAACACCCCCACAGCAUGAUGCUGCCACCACCAUGCUUCACUGUUGGGACUGUAUUCGACAGGUGAUGAGCAGUGCCUGGGUUUCUCCACACAUGUCACUUAGAAUUAAGGACAACAAUUUCGAUCUUGGUCUCAUCAGACUAAAUCUUAUUUCUCACCAUCUUGGAAUCCUUCAGGUGUUUUUUUAGCUAACUCCAUGCGGGCUUUCAUGUGUCUUGCACUGAGGAGAGGCUUCCGUCGGGCCACUCUGCCAUAAAGCCCCGACCCCACAGUGAUCUUUGGGUUCUUCUUUACCUCUCUCAUCAAGGCUUUUCUCCCCCGAUUGAUCAGUGUGGCCAGACGGCCAGCUCGAGGAAGGGUUCUGGUGGUCCCAAACGUCUUCCAUUUAAGGAUUAUGGAGGCCACUGUGCUCUUAGGAACUUUAAGUGUAGCAGAAUUUAUUUUGUAACCUUGGCCAAUACUUAUGGUUGUGUGAUAUUUCAGUUUUUACUUUUUUUUUUUUUAAAUCUGCAAAACUUUCAACAAUUCUGUAAUUUUUCUGUCAAUAUGGGGUGCUGUGUACAUUAAUGAGGGAAAAAAUGAAGUUAAGUGAUUUUUGCAAAUGGCUGCAAUAUAACAAAGAGUGAAAAAUUUAAGGGGGUCUGAAUACUUUCCGUACCCAAUGUGUGUAUAUGUGUCUCUAUAUAUAUAUAUAUAUAUAUAUAUAUAUAUAUAUAUAUAUAUACACACGUGCGCGUGUGUGUGUACACACACGUACAUAUAUUUUCAUGCACUGAACUCAAAGGUGUGUAUUUGUGUGUGUGUGUGUGUGUGUGUGUGUGUGUGAAAAGUUGCUAAAUGAUUAAAUGUGAAAACAGCUCCAAUUCAAUUCACUUUUUCUCAUCAAUUAUAUGGAAUUCAUUGUUGAGUUUAUUAAAAAAUAUAUAUUAUUGUACCAAACUUGUGUCAAGAAUGUAUUGCUCACAUACGGUUGCCACACAAUGUUCAUUUAGGAUUUGACCCCGAACAACAAUUCCUUGUGUAUAAGAACAAUAAAUACAACAUGAUGUGCAUACUGUAAUCUGA